AUGGAAAUUGGCAAUAAGUGCGAACUUUAUGGACCUUGUGACCUUCCAGUAAAAAUUAAGUGCUUUUGCACUAAACCAGAGCUAUAUAUCUGUAUUAAGCAUAUCGGAUAUCAUAUGAUGGAGCCAGGAUUGCACAACUUUGAAAAUCUUUAUACUAGGAUAAAUAUGCAAACUAAAAUCGAAGUUUUCAAAUACCUUUCUAAGCAAAUAAAAGAGCUAGAAGAUCUAAAAUCUGAUAUAAUUAGAAAAGUUUUUUUAUCUAUCAAAGAAAUACAUCUGCAAUUAGAAAAAUUUGUAAAAGAUGUAGAUUGCCAUAUAAAAUGAUCAAGAGAUGUAAUUCGAAAAGUUAGCUACUUAGAAGAAUUGCCAAAAGCAGAUUAUACAUUCGAGUAUUUUAAGCUGACUCUUGAUAAAGCAUUAGAGUAUCUGCAAGCAAAUAAUCCAUUGAAAAUUCUUUUGCCUGGGAAAAUAUUAAAUCAGAUAUAUAAUCCUGUGUUUGAAUAUAACUGUGAGAAAAUUGAUUUAGUAAAAGAAGUGUAUAAAGCUAAAGAGAGAGAGAGAAAUCUUUAUUACUUAAAGGCCUUUACUUUCCGAAUCUUCCAUUAAAAUAAAAGUAAAGCUAGAGAAGAAGCAAAAAAAGAAAAGGAAGAAUUACAAAAAAUGAAAGAUAUAGCAAAAAAAGCAACGAAAAAAGUAAAUGAGUUAUAUGAAGAUUACGAAUAUUUGCAAAAAAAUCUUAGGAAUUCAGAAGAGCUUGUUAAAGAUGUAUAUUUAAUCAUGAAAAAAUGUCCCAAAUGCUAUCGAAGACUUAAAAAAGAUGAUUAUAUAACUCAAUUAGAAAGCUAUUUAGAAUCAUCAGAAUGCUAA